AUGGAUGGCUAUUUAUCAAACUUUUCCUCUAAAGCAGAGAUAAGUGAAAACCCAUCUCCCAGAUUCUUCCACUUGAAGAUUUUCAAGAAACUCAAGGGGUUUAAGCCUUUUGAACCUCCACCAGGUGUUCUUGGCUGCUUCUUUUUCACUGUUUGCUUAUUCUUGUGUCUCUUCUUGUUGGAUUAUAGCACAGUGAACAAAGUGCCUCGGUUGCAUCAGCCAUCCUUGUUUGCUACUUGGAUUGGGAUAAAUGGAUCAUCUUUGCCGUAUAACAAGAGUGAAACAGUUGAUUUCUUGGGAAAAGGUGCAGAAAGUUGUGAUAUUUUCGAUGGAAAUUGGGUUUGGGAUGAAAGUUUUCCACUUUAUGAAUCAAAGGAUUGUAAUUUCUUGGAUGAAGGCUUUCGUUGUUCUGAAAAUGGUAUGCCAUAUCGAAUACAAUUUCUAAGAUUAAAUGCUCCCAGGCACGAUGUCCGAGGUUUUCAUCUGAGGUCCCUUCUGGGCCCUGGAUUCCCAUUCCGGUGGACUUCUUCCAUCGGAAUUCUCUCUCCUAUCUAUCAACCUUUCUUCUUCUAUUCAUCUCCUUCUCAUCAUGGGUAG